AUGUCCUUGAGAAUACCCACUAUGGCCACCACCAUGGCUACAAGCCUUGGCCCCAAAGCUAUCCGGUCGUCAUUCCACACUAGUGCGGCCUCUUAUAAGGCUUCUGUGUCUAUCAAGAAGCCUGUUCAUCACACAGUCAAGUUCCGCAAUGCCCAAGUUUCUGACAGAUACCGGGAGCUUCUCAUUCCCAAGAACGACAUCGAGUCGCGUGCAUUUCGACCUACUGCCGUCUGCCCUGAUCGUAUUGAAGAUUAUCAAACCAACACUAUUGACAGCGAUAUGCUUCUUAUCACAUAUUUCCAUCGUGGCGUUGACAAGAAGGGUCAAAAGUUUCGCGAAUGGGACGGUACUUCUCCUUACCACAUCAACAGAACUGUAAAGCCUCCUCGUGGUACUGUUGUCGAAACUCCUAACAUUAAGAAGCGUGACGUUUCCACUAUUCCUCGAAUUACCGCCAUUUCUUUGAACUGCUUUGUCAAGGAGGGUCGCGAAAACUCAGACGCUGUUAUUCCUGCUCUCCUCCAACUACAGCAAAUCACAGGUGUCAAGGCCGAGCACGUCUACUCUAAAACUAACGUUCCCACCUGGAAGCUGCGAACAGGUAUACUCAUCGGCUCUAAAGUUACCAUUAAGGGUAGACCCAUGAACCAAUUUUUGUCUACUUUGACCGAAAUUGUUUUGCCAAGAUCAAAGACCUUCCAAGGUAUUUCCAAUGCUGCAGGUGACAGAUAUGGUAACAUCACAUUUGGCCUAACUUCUGCUGAUGUUAGAUCGUUCCCUGAAAUUGAAGGUAACCAGGAUCUUUGGCCUCGUACCUUUGGUAUGGAUGUUACUAUCCAUACCUCAGCACAAGUUGACCCUGAAGCCCGUACCUUACUGAGUUCUUACGGUUUCCUCUUCAGUGGCAAGGAGAAGUUCCCUACUAGAUGGUAG